AUGGCACAACUAAGUCCAAUUAUCAUUCUAGUUGUGUGUGCUUUCUUCAUAUUUAGAUCAACCAUAGCACUAGAGAUAACUCUCAAUGUUGUCAAUUUUGGGGCGAAACCAGAUGGUGAAACAGACUCCACAAAAGCAUUCCUUAGCGCAUGGGCAAGAGCAUGAGCAACACCAGCUACCAUUUAUGUGCCGCUAGGAAGGUUCUUAGUUGGAAAUGCAGUGUUCAAAGGGCAGUGCAGGAACAAGGGCAUCACGGUUCGCAUUGAUGGUGUGCUAGUUGCACCUUCGAACUAUGAUGUUAUUGGAAAUGAAGGAAACUGGUUGUUUUUUGAUGAUGUUGAUGGAGUUUCAAUUGUUGGUGGUGUGCUUGAUGGGCAAGGCACUGGUCUCUGGGAUUGUAAGAGGUCUGGUGGAAAGAGUUGCCCAACUGGUGCUACGAACUUAAGAUUUACCAACUCCAACAAUAUUGCUAUCAAUGGGGUGACCUCUCUGAGCAGCCAAAUGUUCCACAUAGUUAUAGACCGAUGCCACAAUGUCAAAGUACAAGGUGUGAAGGUAUCAGCUGCAGGAAACAGUCCAAACACUGAUGGCAUUCAUGUUCAACUCUCAUCAAGUGUCACCAUCCUCAGCUCCACCAUAGCAACAGGUGAUGACUGCAUCUCAAUCGGUCCCGGAACAACUAACUUGUGGAUAGAAAACAUCGCUUGUGGACCAGGUCAUGGAAUCAGUGUUGGAAGUUUGGGGAAGGAAGUUGAAGAGCUUGGUGUGCAAAAUGUGACAGUUAAAACAGUUAAAUUUACAGGAACUAAAAAUGGUGUGCGAAUUAAGUCUUGGGGCAGACCUAGUGAUGGGUUCGCAAGGGACAUCCUUUUCCAACAUGUUACCAUGCUUAAUGUCCAAAAUCCCAUUGUGAUAGACCAAAAUUAUUGCCCCAAUGAGAAGAAUUGUCCAGGUCAGGUUUCUGGGGUGAAAAUUAGCAAUGUCAUGUACCAAGAUAUCCAUGGAAGUUCUGCUACAGAAGUUGCAGUUAAAUUAGAUUGUAGUCCGAAUAAUCCAUGCACUGGAAUAAGUUUGGAAGAUGUGGAUCUUACUUUUGAAAACAAACAAGCAGAAGCUUCAUGCAAUCAUGCUGGAGGAGCCACAUCUGGUGUAGUUCAUCCCAACAAUUGUUUCUAG